CAUAGCUACCUGUAAUUAAAUCUAAGACAUCAGCCAUAGAAUAUAGACUCCGGAUCACACACGUUUUCUUAUAAAACUCCGGUCAUGUCUCUCUUCUCGUCCUUCUUUGGUUGCUUCGUUCCAAACUCUGGCUCAAAGAUAAGCUCAGCCGAUGGUAGUAGUAAUUCGAAGGUCUUGUCCUUGGAGAAACCGAAAAGCAAAUCCAAAUCUCCGAGAGCUCCAAUGAUAGUGUCUUAUUUUCCCGUAGGUUCGAAUCUUUCGUGUUGGUUCCAGGAGUGGAGCUGUUCACGAGUGAAGCAAAGAAGUGUUACGCAGUCGGUUCGGUGUGUGAUAUACCGGAGAGAUGUGUUACGCAGCCGGUUCGAUGUAUGACACACCGGUUCAAGUUAAGUUGGAUAAGCAUGACGCAUUGUUGAGUGAAGCUUGAGAGAUAAGCUUCUUGAAGAUUCUGUAACAGAAAGAUCGUGACUUGAGGAUAAGUCUUUGAGGAUCUUCUGAUGCUAGAGAUGAGGAUGAGAAGAUCGCAUCUAAGGUAUAUAAGGGAGUGAGAGGCAGUUGGUCUCGUCACGGGUUUUAGAGUUUAGAAAGCGUGUGCUUGAAAGUGUUCAGCAGCGCGCAUAGGAUCAUUGUGACAGGGGGAGAGUAGCUCGACCUGUCCUUGGGUAGAUUAGGAAUUGGUUCGUAUCAAGUUCAGUUGAACGUUGUGUAAUUCGAAUUAGACAAGUCAAGUGUGAUUGUCUAAGAGAUUCUUAAUAAAACAAGUUGUGUUUUGAGUAUUG